UGUGCCGCCUGUCUGGAUGUCAUUGGGAGGCAGGAGUGACCAAAAUAACCCUGGCCAAUCUUUCUUACUGUGCACUUGCAGCUGUCAGUCACAGGCCAAAACAAGAUGGCAGGGUGCAGGAGCUGGUUUCUCUUUUUAACAGUUGUGAGCGUGGCUCACGCGGAGAUCAAAUUCAACAUCCCGGCAGGGAGGUUUUUCUCCUACGAGUUGAUGAGGGAGACGUUCCAGAGUGACUUUGAGCCACUGUCUCAGCUCUACCUGGGGCACCUGUAUGACGACCCGAUGGUGUUCAAGUGCAACAAGCAGUAUUUCCCAGAUCUUCCAGAGUGGCUGCGCUUCACCCAGAGGCACCCCUACGACAACGCCUUUCUCUACGGGACCCCAACAUCUCCCGGGAAGAGUGUCAUCGAGAUUUACGCCAUCAACAAGCGAAGCUACGAAACCACCAGGCAGAUUCUCGUCCUUAACGUGAUUGCAGCCAAGAGCCCACCCUAUCAAGCUGAGUUUUUCAUCAACCUGCGGGAGAUUGAGAAGGUGCUGCCCCCUACUGUCCAGGAUGAGAUCAAGCAGGACCUGCAGAAGUUAUGGGACACGGAGGCCUUGGACAUUGUCAACAUUUCCAAUGCUCUGGACCGUGGCGGCCGCGUGCCGCUCCCGCUGGCGGGACACUUUGAAGGCGUGUACGUGAAGGCCGGAUCGGAGCAGAACUUCUCUGCCUGCCUCCUGCAGGCACAGACGCCGGAGCAUCAGCGGCAGUGUGCGACGGGUGCCAAAGUCAAGGUUCCCGGGGAGUGCAACUUCUGCAGCAUCCCCAGCAACUGUAUCAGCUGGUGCAGCACUGAGCUGUUCGAUCUGUCUCAACUGGAAGCAACCUUGCCGGCUCCCACCUUGGGCUCAGGCGUGCUGGAAGCUGGUGAAAACUUUGAACCACUGGAGUCCCCCGAGGACCGGGACUUUUUGCCGGACUACAUCGUGACUGUCAUUGUGCCGCUGGUGCUGGCCCUCAUCCUGUGUCUGCUGCUCUCCUACAUCAUGUGUGGACGUCGCGAAGGCGUUGACAAGAGGAAUGCAAAAACAAACCAGAUCCAGCUGUAUCACCACCACACCAUUUUGGACAACACUGAUGAGCUGAGGAACAUGGCGAACCACCGAGGUGUCCCACCGCCGCGCUCCACGUUGCCAAUGUUCGACAGCCGCACAGGAGCCCAGGCCACGCCCCCCGACAGUCCCCGCGUGCCCCUCAUCAUGGCUCAGCACGACCCCAACGUCGACACGUUGCCAAGGAAAUAAGAGCGCUGACGGUGUGGCGUUCCACGAGGAAAAAAUCUGUUGUGUGCUCUUUGCAUUUGUGAGUGUUUAUCUCUCUAAACGUCAAUCUGUCAUUUUAUACAUUUGUUACAAUAUUAGGAAUAAUACAAAGUUGAUAUGCUCUGUUCUGACAUUUUGACCAUUUACAAAUUAGAGUGUUGUAGGGUAUCUUGAAUUGAGUUGAAAAACAAAGUAAUAGUAUAAUUCAUAGUUUUAUCCUGUGUCCCGUCAUCUAGGUGGGUCCAUAUUAUUUUUCAAUGUAUUUUUGGACUUGGUACUGGCUCGAACAGUUAACAUCCAUCCAUCCAGUAUCUGAGCCGCUUAUCCUCGCGAGGGUCACAGGCAUGCUGGUGCCUAUCUCAGCUGUCGUUGGCCUGUAGGCAGGGUACAUUCUGAACUGGUUGCCAGCCAAUCGCAAGGCACACGUAGACGAACAGCCAGCUGGGAUAGGCUCCUGUUCACCUCCGACUCUAGUAAGGAUAAGCAGUCUAGAAGAUAAAAGGAUGGAAGUUAAUAUGCACAUAAUAAGAUAUACAAGCUCCUUAUUGUAUGUUCAAUUUACCCCGACCGCGUAUUGAGCUUACAGUCCACUUGUUGACGCCUGAGUAGCUUCUAAUUUUGACACUGCCAGGUCCAAAGGGUUUAAGAAAUAAAGUGCUGUGUGUUUUAAUGCUAGUAAGUGCAUUUUUGUUUUAGAAACAUUUGCUAAAAAUGUAUAAUUUUGUGUGGGAUGAAAUGGGGGUUUGAGGGGGGGCAGCACGGUGUACUAGUUGUUAGCAUGUAUGUCUCAUAGUUCUGAGGCUCAGCGUAUUCCUCUCGGCUCCAGUUUUCCUGUUUGCCACUUGAUUGUAUUUCCUAUGCUUGGGUCCUCCGGCUUCCUCUAACAUUCCCAAAAUCCGAUUGAUCUUCAUUUAAUCGCCCAUCGUAGUGUGAAUGAGUGUCUCCACGUGCUCUACAAUUGGUUGGUAACCAGUCACGGGUGUACCCUAGCCCACCGGCCCAAAGCCAACUCAUAGACUUCAGCAUACCCAGAACCCUAUGGAGGACAAAUCAUAUCGAAAAUGGAUGAGUGGAAACAGAAAAGAGAGAGCUUUGUUUUCACUGUUCGUGUGAACCACAAGUGCAACUGCUGUGGAGAUUUUGUUGCCACUCGGCGAUAUCGAUACUGACUUUCCACCCAUAAAGACGCAUGAUGCGUAAAGCCGGGGAGCCAUUUUGGUUUGCACAACAGUUGCAAGACAGGACAGUGAAAAGUCGGCCAUUGAGUAGAACCACUUCACAUGCUUUAUUUCAGCACCCAGCAAAAAUAAUUAAAAACAUCUUGAUUUAUUAUACAUGUACAACACAAGUACACAAUCUCUCCUUUUCAACCAUGAAAGUGGGUCUGCUUCCGGAUCGUUGUUUUUUUUUUCUUCUUCUUCUUCUUGAGACAACAAAACAAUCAACAUAAACAACGGGGUGGGAGAUGUGUGCUAGUUUUUGUUUUAGUGAAGAUGAGACAGAUAAAGAACAACAACAGGCAAGAGAUGGAAAUUUAAAUGGUCAGUUUUGUUUUUAUCCACACCGACAUGCAUUUAUAAAAAAACAAUUGCACGGCAAGACAACAAGACAAUGAGUCAAUUAAGUAGCACCAAAGAAUUCCACGGGCAUACGAGUGGUCAGAAUUACAGUAUGACAGCGAAUGUCUCACUAUCACAACAAAAGGACCUCAUUGAGUUGGUUCUAUAGCACCUCGAUGUGUUUGCAUGCUCCCCAAUAAGCUUGUAGUGUAAAAUGUGCCCCUUUUCCUCUAAGAAAAAAAAACAUGGCGGUGACUUCUUAUUAUGAGGUAGCCAUCAAAGCAAUGAAGGUGCACUUUUUUGAAGUUCUGAUGGGACAAUUUUACAACAAGGAGACACGUCACACUUUUUACAAUUUAUUUAACACCAGGAAAAAAUGGUACAUAUCAUUUGUUGUUUUUUAAUGUCCUUCCGCAGUUGGGGCGAAAAACGGCAAAAGUCACCUGCGUUUCAUUGCGAUAAUAGGUGUUUUUUUUCUUUCUUAAACUCCAAGGGAGACAUUUUACACAAGCAAAUAUCAUGUUCUUGUUGCCGUUGGAAACAAACAAGAUUUGUUGUUGUUUUUUUUGUUUUUUUUUAAAGUGUCCUUGUGGAGUGGCAGUCCAGAAAUGUCUCACGAUUGGAAACAAAACAAAAAUGAUUGUCUUCAGCGGAGUGGUUUUAAGCGUGUGGACUGAUGGUGGCCGAAUGAGUUUUGAAUGCAUAGGAAAUAGGAUUUUUAGAGAUGACUGCUAGAAAAAAAACAACAAU